ACACUAAUAAAUUAAAAAUUAAAAAAAAAAUUUAGUGUUGUGAUCUCUUAAGUAAUGUUUUUUUGUUCAUUGUUCUGUGGCUAACCAUUGUCAAACAACCCGGUUAUUCAACAUUACUAUUAACAACGUCGAUCUGGAUAUGUUCUUUUAAUGCAAAUCGCAAUUGUUUUAGGAUUAAAGUGUAAACGCACAGUCACAGUCCUACUUAGAAUGUCAUAGUGUCAAAUAUUACACACGUCAUUUUUGCGAAUACCAGAUGUUCAACCACUCAUGCAUUUUUUGUGACUUGAUUCGAUCUAUUGUUAUAUAGGAGUGUGUGUAUGAAAAAUGUGGGUAAUAUAUCAAAAGCUAUGACUGCUUGUUGUAUAUUACACAAUAUAGCUUUACAAAAUGAUGACUAUACUUGGGUACCAAUUGAUUCAAACCCUGAUGCAAUUCUAAAUGAAUUUGUCAAUGACGGUACCAAUCAACAAGACAUAACUGGUAUUAAUAAAAGAAACAGUUUAGCAAGUUUAUUUCCAGCAGAUGAAAAUCUUAAAAAAACUUGGAUGGACAUUUGUUCACUUGAUAAAUAUUUAGUAUCAUAUCGUAUUUGCAGUGUACACUUUGAGAAGAACAAUUUUAAAAUGAAUGGUCUCUUAUGUCCAAAUUCUUUUCCUGUUUUAAAUACAUCAUCAACUUUGGAUGUAAAUACCAGCAAAUUCAAUACACCUAGCUGUAAGAGAAAGCUGUAUGAACCUGAGAACAAUGAGUCAGAUGAGGUUUUGGGACAAAUUACAAUCAGCCCUAACACUCAAUCACCAAUUACAAGUACAACAACAGCAAAUAGAAUACACUUAAAUAAUGUAAAGCGUCCAAGAUAUAUUGGUGAUUUAAGAGUUGAACAUUUUAUUUCUCCUAGAAGAGCCAGUAGAAAUUUAGUUUUUUUCAAAAUUAAGCAUAAUGAAACCUUAAAUAAACUGAAAAUUACUAGAGAGAAAGCCAGAAGACUUCAGAACAAAGUCAAAUCUUAUGAAGACCUUAUAAAAGUUUUAGAACAAAAAAAUCUUAUUUCAGAAAAUGCAUCACACAUUUUACAAGUAUGUGAAUGUGUGCAGUGUUGUUAAAUAAUAAUUACAACUUUAACCAUAUUUUAAUCAUUAACUUAUAUUAAUAAAAAUAGUAGUUUUUAAAUUAUUUUAGAUAUAUAUAAAAUGUGUGUAGUUUUAGUAUUAUAUUGUUCUUUGUUUACUUAAAUGUAAAAAUAAGUUUUUUGUAUAGAAAAAUGUUAUUUAUUUUGUAUUCUUAAUUUAAUAUUUAUAAGCUAAAUUAAUCACUUAUUUCAGAAUUUUUAUUUUUUUCCUAUAGUCUUUUGGUUCAAAAAUGUUAAAUGAAAUUGUUAAACGAAAAAGUGCCAAUAAAAAUGGUAUUUAUAGUGAUGAAUUAAGGAAAUUUGCUAUUACUCUCUUGUUUUAUUCAACAAAAGCAUACAAUUUUGUUAGGAAACAAUUUUCUAAUAUUUUACCUCACCCUCGAACUUGAACUAAAUGGUACAAA